CCGUACCGGUGAACCGACACUUAAACGCAUCAAGCUAGCCUGACAGCUAGCUAGCUAGCCGCUCAAAAGACACUCAAGCAGCCGUGUAGUGUUUCUCUGACAGCCGCCAUGGACUUAAAUAAUGUGUUGUCGCAGCUCGAAAGUGCUAACGACGUGGACAUUGAGGAGCUUCUCCGGGAGUUUAAUCGAGAAAACAGCCACACCUUCACUUUUGACCAGAAGGAGGAAACACUGCGCAGUAAGCUGUGCCAGAGUGUGCUGAUAGUACUGGGGAUGCAAGUGCCGCUCAGCUGUCAGAAGACCUGUCUGGAGACCCUCCGCAUCCUCUCCCGUGACAAGUGCGUGCUGGCACCAGUCGCCACCCGUGACGGCAUGCUGACUCUGGCCAGGAUGGCCCAAUUGAGCGGCGGGGAGACGGCGGGCGCCGGCCAGGCGGGCGCCGGCCAGGCGGGCGACGGCCAGGAGCCCCCGCAGCCGAGCGCGCCGGUGGCCGAGGAGGAGAGGGUGGUGGUGGUGGAGGCCCUGAAGUGCCUGUGCAACGUGGUGUACAACAGCGCGGCGGCUCAGCAAGUGAGCGUGGAUGUGAAGCUGGCCCACGGCCUGUGCGCCAGCCUGCGCACGGCCGCCGCGUGGCACCACGAGGUGGGCCUGUUCACACUUCGCCUCCUCUUCCUGCUGUCGGCACUGCGCUCGGAUCUGCGGGUGGAGCUGAGGAGGGAGAGGCAGGUGGUGAAGCUCCUGGCCGAGGUGUUGGAGCACACCCUGGACGUGAGGUGGGACGGCACCUACGAGGCGGCCCGGCCGGACCCGCAGUCCCUGCCCCUGCCCGCCGAGGACAACGACAGAGCGAUGGAAGCUCUCAAAGCCCUGUUCAACCUCACUGUGUGCAACGCCGACGGCAAGGAAGAUGACCACCAGUACAGAAUCAUUGCUGCCAUCUUGCGCCAUGUGCUGAUGUUAAGAACUGAGACCGAGGACAAAACAGAGGAAGCACACAGCCACGCCGUCAACCUGCUCAACAACCUGCCCGUGUCCUGCCUGGACGCGUUAAUCGACCUGCCCGUACGGGGAGGCCUGGAGGAAUAUGGUGGCAAAAACAUGGACGCCAUACAGGUCUUACUGGACUUUAUGGAGAAACGGAUAGACAAGGGCUCCAACUACAAGGAGGGUCUUACUCCUGUGCUCAGCCUGCUGACUGAAGGGUCCAGACACCACAGAGAGAUCCGCAGAUAUAUCAAAGCUCAGGUACUGCAAAAGCGACAACAACAACAACACCGUUCUCUUCGAUCUUCAUCUGGUUUGUCCACCCCACAGGUGCUUCCCCCACUCACGGAUGUGAAGAUCAGGCCGGAGGUCGGAACCACCACCAGGAACAAACUGGUGCGCCUGAUGACGCACGUGGAGAUGGCGGUCAAGCAGGCGGCCGCCGAGUUUCUCUUUGUUUUGUGUAAAGAGAGCGUGGACAACCUGUUGAAGUACACGGGCUACGGCAAUGCGGCGGGACUCCUGAUGGCACGAGGCCUGCUGGGAGGAGGGAGGGGAGAGACCGAGUACUCGCCCGACGAAGACUCCGACACCGAAGAGUACAAAACUGCCAAACCUUUCAUCAACCCCAUCACCGGUCAUGUGGAAGAACCCAUGCCCAACCCCAUGGAGGAGAUGACCGAGGAACAGAAGGAGUACGAAGCCCAGAAGCUUGUCAACAUGCUGGACAAGUUGUCAAGGCAGAGCGUGAUCCGCCCCAUGGGAGUCAAACCGGACGGGACGUUAGCGCCGCUGGAGGAAACCCUGCGCGCUCCGCCCGGAGACGAUGCUGGAUCUGACUCUGAUUAGAGCAUGGCGGCAUUGGGGCGGGCAGGGACUGAGCCCGGAGGAAAGAAAAAGGAAAAAAAAAAAAAGCUGUGUCACGCUUCCAGGGCUGGAUCUAUCAGACCACCUCAUGGUAGGUGGAUUCCUCUUUAGGGGUACGUUGUCCUACAUACAUUUAUUUAUUGUCUCACCAAUCAUAGCCAAGCACAAGAAUACACAUUGUCCAUCUGUACACUUGCAAAACGGUUUUUUUUUUUUUUUGCCUAACAUGCAUCACUUUUCUGUUUAUACAUAUUGAAAAAGAAACCUUUCUUUCUACUAAUAUAGUCCGCAUGCAAAUGCCAGCAUGCUCGACGUCCGUCAAAUGAACCUAAUUCAGUUCGAGCGAAAGCACGCUAGAGUUUCAAAGUUCCUCGAAACCUUUUAUUGAACAAUCAUUGGAGGAAUUGCAGAGGAUCCAUCCCCCGCAGUGUGACAGCUAAAAUGGCGCGCGGGUCUCCAUUCAGGAGGACUUUGUCCCCUCGUGACGGUGAAGAGACCUCACUGUUGCACCUUUUUUUGAUUUAUUUAGUUUUUUCAUUUCGAAGUCAAAUAAUAGUUGGUUGAAUGGCCAUCAUUCCUUCAUCUGUACUUUGUAGUACUUAUUCUCCAUGUGUUUAUGUUGUAUUCACACACAGGCCUAAAUUAAAACAUGAAGUCGAGCAGGACAGACCUGUUUGAGUAUUUAAAAUUCGGGAAUAGUUUUUGAAAGUGAAAGUGACGUGCUCGGUGUUACUGUAAAGAAAAUCCCAUUUUUAUUUCAUUUUUGAAAAUACAGUGGUACCUUGACUUAUGCAGAGUUCCCACAGUUAAAUGCAAGUUAUUUAUUUAUUUCUAAAUAAAAUUGAAGACCCAACUUUGCACUGUUCACAAUGUCAAGUGGCUAAAGUCCAUAAAUGUUCAACUGCUCUUCAGAAUUACGAAACGAAAAGCACAUCACCGUCAUCGCUUUGUUGGUUUCGCUAUUGUGAUUGGGAGAAUGUUCAUUCGUUUUGAGAUUGAAAUUCAAUUCAUUGUUUAUCGCUAUUUUAAUCGAUACAUUGAUUGGUGCGUCUGAUCAAAACUCAAGUCGAGGUCCCGCUGUAAUUUCUAAAUACAAAUGACGGUACAACAGGCUUACAAUUCUGUUCUUAACAUUCCUUUCAUCCAGUUGACUACUGUUUUUUUUUUUUUUUCCUGAGGAGAAUGUGUUCUUUUUGCACACUUUUACAUGAUGUGUAAACCUCACUUUAUUUAUUUAUCUAGUAAAAGUUCACUGAAACGAAAACAGGUUUAAUAAAAAAAAUAUAUAUACAAGUUGUCGGUUUGGGCUUAUUGCUCAACAGGCUUUAUUAAAUAUUGCUUAAAAUAGUC